ACUACUCUCGCUGCCGCGACGCUUGUACACUGGCCGGCCGUGAUACUGGCAGCUGGCAGUGCGGAAACAUACGGAUGUGAAUGAUUGGUUGACUCACGCAACGAUUGAGCGGCCAUACUAGUCAUAUGGGCCUGAUAGGUGCAAGAUAGACUAGCUCAAAUGACUACGGACGAGAAGUUGGCUGUUCCCAAUGGGUCUGGAGCAGUUACGUCUACUCCCAUUGCCCUUGUUCCCGACGACAUCCUGCACCAGGUGUUCAUGCUGGUGGUAGCAGAAGCAUGGGAGGGUCGUGGAACAUUAUCCACUCAUCCCUGGAACAACAUGACUUGCCUCGCCAUCUCCCAUAUCUGUCGGUAUUGGCGUCGCUUUACGUUGGCUUCGCCCCAGCUAUGGUCAUACCUCUCAAUCACCCUAUACUCUGGCAUUGACCAGCUCGAAACCUAUAUCAAGCGUUCGCAGGGCAUGCCUUUGUAUGUGAAGUACACCGGCUCCGCGAAUGUCGCGAUGCCGAAUCCCUCGUGGGGGCAGAAAGGCGUCGUCCUCGUUGACCAGAGCUACCGCUUUGUCGAGUUUCACGUCUCAGAGAUGCGGCGCGAAGACAUAUCUGCUCUGCUCUCCUUCUUCCGCAAACCCGCGCCCCUCCUUCGUCGCCUCUACCUCCAUGCUCCCGUGCAGCUGCUCGGGCCGUCCAUAUUCGCUCGCGAUAUGCCCGCCCUCCGUCACAUCGAACUCUCCGGCGUGCUGCUUGCAUGGCUCCCCUAUCGCAACAUGGAUACGAUGAUCCUCAAGGACCAACUCACACCCACGCUCGGAAAGCUGCUCUCCGCACUCAAAGACUGUCCGAAGCUGACCGUCCUCAAACUCGGGUUGCUUGGCGCUAUGGGGAACGCAGCCAUCAUGGGAGGUAUGACUGUUGCAGGUGAUCCUCAGGCGGAGACAGUCCACCUCCCUGAGUUGAAAGAGCUCUCAUUGAGCUCCAUGGCCCCGGUAGACAUGGCCAACAUCCUUCGUCACCUCGUCUUCUCUAAGACCACGACGCUGGACCUGAAGUUUUACGGUCAUAAUAACCUCCCUCUCGAACUCGCGACCGAGUGCCCGUCUCUGGGCGCCAUAGCCACGGUCCAAGAGAAUAUCAUACUCGAGCUCAUCGGUGCUCUAGAGUGGUCGACACACAUCGUGCUUCGGUCUGCCGACAACAAGCUGCGCAUCGAGUGGGAGUGGUACGAGGCGGGUGGGCUCCCAGAGAUCCUCGACACCGCCGGUUUCUCCGCCAUCUCCUUCCCCGCCCUCAAACACCUGACCAUAUUCGCCAACUCGUUCAGGUUGCAGGAAGCCCAGUGGCGGCAAAUUCUCGCUCGCGCGCCCACUGCUACGGCGAUGGAACUCAACAUCCGCGACUCGAUGGUGCCGGAGCUGUUCGCCGCGCUGUCCCGUGCUGGCGGGGCCGAAGGCGGCGAUGCGCCUCAACUCGUAUGCCCGAAGCUAACGCACCUUAAAAUCUCGCGGCUAGAAGAGCAUAUGACGAUCCUACGCGGGAUGGCUGAGGCCAUUGAGAGACGCGCUCUGCAUGACCUCCGCCUGCAUGCCAUCGACAUCAUAUCACGGAAGGCCCGGAAACGGUUUCCCAGAGAGAUCGAGACAAGGUUGAGGAGGUGCGUUGGCUCGGUGACCGUCAAGUAUGAUGGUCCGUCGAUGGAUUUUGGAUCCUUGUCGGCACAACUGUACGAGUAGUACUAGUAGUGGCUUGCGGUCAUCGCGCAACACGUCCGGCAGUGAUGACACCGUCGCGGCUCACUCGGAGGUGGCUUAUAAAUAGUAUCUCUUCGACGCUGUUGUGAUUUGCAGCUAGUGUCAUACUGUUGCUCACGAAG